AUGAUUAAAAGUGGAUUCAAACGUCAAGUGUUUGCAAACAGUGUCUGGACAGUACCUGAUUAUUACAAUGAUCUGCAGUAUUUAGGAUCAGGAGCAUUUGGCCAAGUGUGUACAGCAAGAAGCCACAAAUUAAACUGCACAGUUGCCAUUAAAAAAAUCAAAGAGCCCUUUCUUUCUCCAGAUCAUGCCAAAAGAGUUUAUAGAGAGAUAAAACUGCUAAGAUAUCUCAAUCAUGAGAAUAUUAUAUCUCUGGUGGAUUUAUUUUCUCCAAACGAUAGCUUGACGUCAUUUUCUGAAAUCUACAUGGUCAGUAUAUUGAUGGAUCAAGAUCUGAGAAAACUCCUGGACCACUACAGACUGUCUAUCGAGCAGGCAAAACUUGUAACAUACCAAAUACUUCGGGCUCUGAAGUACCUUCAUUCCGGGGGCAUAAUGCACAGGGAUCUCAAACCAAGUAACAUCGCUGUGAAUAACAAUUUCGAGAUAAAGAUAUUGGAUUUUGGCCUAUCAAGGCAGAUCAACAUGAAAGAGAACUUAGACCUGACUCCGUACGUUGUGGCACGCUCCUACAGGGCACCUGAGAUCUUAUUUAACUGGAUGCAUUACAAGCCCAAUGUUGACGUCUGGUCUACAGGCUGUAUACUGGCUGAACUACUAACAAAUCAAGUCUUAUUUAAGAGUGAAGAUAGCAUCCAGCACAUAAAUUGUAUCUUUGGUCUUCUGGGUACACCCUCCAAAGAGCUUUUGAAUAAAAUGACGAGUGAAGAUGCCCAAACGUACAUACAGCAAUUGCCCCGAACUGAGAAAAAAGAUUUUAAAAUGGUUUUCCCAGGGGCUGAUUUGCAAGCUCUAGAUUUGUUGGAGAAAAUGUUCGACCUUGACCCAGACACUAGAAUACUGGCCAGUGAAUGUUUGGCACACCCCUUCUUGAAGCAGUUAUCCGACCCGAGUGACGAGCCUGAGUUGCAGAUUUACGAUUCCAGUUUCGAAGAUGAGACUAAGGAUCUAUCGACUUGGAAAAAAUUACUGUAUGAUGAAGUUACUUCAGCAUAA